AUGCCAAGCUCUCAGGCGCCCAGCGUGGGCACGAAUUUCACCAAUGUUCCCUGGGAGCCUGGUUUCUCCAGUCGAGACCCGGCCUGGUCCUCCACCGCCAACAGCGUGGCGAAGAUGGUGCUCAUAUCUCUCAUCGUGUGUGUGUCCCUGUUCGGGAAUGUGGUGGUUCUGCUGGUGUUCCAGAGGAAGCCUCAGCUCCUCCACGUGGCCAACCGCUUCGUCCUCAACCUCCUCUUGGCGGACCUGCUCCAGACCAUAUUAGUCAUGCCCUUUGCCAUCGCAGCCACCGUGCCAGGUGUGUGGCCCCUGGAUGCCCGGUUGUGCCAGGCUCUGGUGGUGCUUAUGCACCUUUUUGCAUUUGCUGGGGUCAACACCAUUAUAGUUGUCUCUGUGGAUCGCUACCUGGCCAUCAUCCACCCUCUGUCCUAUCCCACCCGUAUGACCCCUCACCUGGGCACCAACCUGAUCAUCUGCACCUGGGUGCUCAGUUUCCUACAGAGCACGCCGCCCCUUUACGGCUGGGGCGCCAUUGACUUUGACCGCCAUCACAACGUGUGCUCAGUGGUGUGGUCCUCCAGCCUCUCCUACUCCGCUGUGGUGUCCACCUUCUCCUUCUGGCUGCCUGUGCUCAUCAUGCUCGGAUGUUACUGGAUGGUGUUCAGAGCAGCUCGGAGGCAAAAUGCACUCGUGCACCCGAUACAGACACAAUCCUACUCCCAGCCCUGCCCGCAGGACUUCCAGGGACCUAGCAGUCCACAACGGCAGCCUCAGCCCCAGCCCCAGCAGGCCAGUUCACCUGAAGGCCCCUACUCAGCCAGGGGGUACCCUGUUCGAGUCAGGCACAGACGCUUCCACUACCACUGCAAGGCAGCUCGUGUAGUUUUCGUGAUCAUGGCUUCUUACAUCCUCAGCAUGGGGCCUUACAGCAUACUAAAUACCAUAUCUAUGAGUGCCAGAGCAGCUGUACCCCCCUGGCUGUCCUCCCUCGCCCUCGUGCUCUUCUUUUUGCAGUGUUGCCUCCACCCGUACAUUUACGGUUACAUGCACCGCAGCGUGAGGAAGGAGUUCCUAGCAUUGCUCUGCGGGCUGUUCUGCAAACAGGGCCGUCCCAGCCAGAGCUCCGCCGUGGAGAGCUGCUUCACCACCACAGAGGGACGUUUCGCCGCCCACUCCCACCUGCCCAGCCUGACCGCUCGGGUCUUCCCUCUGCGGACUUGGGAAGAGUGCACAACAUCCUCCUCGCCCACUUGCGAGAGGAAGUCGAGGGACAGCCGUAAAGAGACCACCUCCACCAGCGUCAGCUCUGAGAGGGAGCUCACAGUCCACAGCAAACGAAGCACAUAA